AUGGCUUCCACGCGGCGCUUCCUUCUUCUCGCGCUGCUUGCGCUCGUCGCCACGGCCAUCCUCGCGGAAGCCGCCAGCAAGACCCGCUCGCAGCCGGCGGCAGGCGAGGCGAGGGACAAGACUGCUAGUAGCAGCAAGCGGGCGGGCAGCUCGGGUGCGAGCGGAUCGACGUCUGGAAAGAAGCCAGCCCGCUCGCAGCAGCCGGCAGGGCAGACGGCUGGCAGCAAGCGGCAGGGACAGCAGCAGACGAUGGGCGUGAAGCAGCAGAGAUCGGUUGAUGGUCAUGCGGCAGCGAACGGAACUCGUGUGGCGGGAGGGAAGGGGCAUGCUGUGAAUGGCACGAGGCACGUGAAUGGCACGAGGCCGCAGCGGGGUGGUGGUGCUGCUGGUGGUGGGCUGCGCAAGGAGGGCGGCGGUGCUGUUGGCGGGCGUGGCGGGCGAGGAGGCAGUGUGAUUGGUGAGUGCGAAUGCGUCAUUGCACCACCACAUGCUGCUGACGUCUUAUUGGCUACUUGUGACCACCACAUGCACCUGUUGUGUUCAGUCAUUGCUGCAGCCUGUGGCAAGGCGGUUGAGUUGACGCGUUGCUUGCGCGUGGCAGGUGUGGUGGGCGCGCGGAUGAGUGGCGAGCAGAUGGUGGGGUCAGCAGGCAUGGCCAAUGCCACAGGGCGGCUGGAGUUGAGGCUUGUCAACCCUCGUUCCUCUGCUACUUACACUCCGUCUCACCCCUCCUGUGUUGACCCUCCUGUGUUGACCCUCCCUCUUCUCUCCUCACCCCCCUUCCCCACUCCCCAUCCCAGGACGGCCACUGACAUGGACGUGCACUACUCUCUCUCCCUCGCGCACCUCUCCUCCCCCUCCCCUCCCACCGCCGCCUCCAUCCACGCAGGCCCCGCCUCCUCCGCCUCCGCCGCGCUGCUGCUCGCCUUCCCCGCCUCCGCCUGGACCAACACCACCCGCCCCUUCCAUCGCGCCUCCAACGCCACCGCUGCUGCCCCCCCUGCGGCUGCGCGCUUCAGCUACGGCGCCAGGGGCGUGUGGGCCAACGCGUCGUCCCUCUCCGCCGCUGCGGGCGGCUCUGUGGCUGCGGCUGUGAGCAGCAUUCUCGCUGCCCCCGCCUCCUUCCACGCUCUCAUCGCCACCUCCGCGUUCCCCCAGGGGGCUGUGCGCGGCCAGAUGGCCAACAUGGCCCGCGGGGGGAAGUAG